UCCCCAUCCUCCCCAUCCCUGGGGCUUGCAGGGGCUUCCACACUCCCAGACUAUUUUGGGAGGGCUAAAAAAUACCCUGCCUGUAUUACCGGGCAAUAUUCCCAAGGGCGCAGCAGCCCCGCAUGGCCGCGGAGCAGCCUCGGCCCCCCCGCAGUCCCUCGGGGCCGGCCCUGGGGCCGCAUCCUGUGGUCCCGGGCAUCGAGCCCUAUCCCAAAUGGCUGUGAUCGCCAUGACAACGCUGACUUCAGCCUCCGCCACCUACUCGGGCUCAGAGCCGCUGGGUGCCGGCUGAUGGAUUGGUACGGGCACUGGCUGGGGCACCCACGAGCCAGGCAGUGAGAAGGUGCCCAUCCGACGGGGCAGCGGGUGCUCCAUGUCCCCCCGCUCUGUCCCGCAGGACCGAGGAUGUCCUCGAUGUUCGGCAAACCCCGAGCCAGCAGCGAGCGGCCGCCCCAGAGCGCCCUCCCCGAGUGCAACGUGGCCAUCCUGGGGUGCAGAGGGGCCGGCAAGUCAGCUCUGACCGUGAAGUUUCUAACCAAGAGGUUCAUCAGUGAAUAUGAUCCCAACUUGGAGGACACCUACUCCUCGGAGGAGCUGGUGGACCAGCAGCCUGUGCUCUUGAAGGUGAUGGACACUGCUGACCAGGAUGGCCCCGGGAACUGCGAGCGCUACCUGUGCUGGGCCAGCGCCUUCCUGGUUGUCUACAGCAUCGACAGCAGGAAGAGCUUCGAGGGCUGCCAGCGCUACCUCGAGGUGCUCGCCCUGCACGCGCAGGGCUGCCAGCGCCGCUGCCCCGUGCUCCUGCUGGGAAACAAGCUGGACAUGGAGCAGUACAGGCAGGUGCUCUCAGCAGAAGGGAUGUCCCUCGCCAGCAGGUUCGGGUGCCUCUUCCAUGAGGUGUCGGCAUGCCAGGACUUCGCUCGGGUGCAGCACGUGUUCCACGAGGCCGUGCGGGAGGUGCGGCGCCAGGCGGAGUGGAGCCUCCCCGUGCGGCCGCUCUUCAUCUCCGAGGAGCGGCCCUGCCCGCCCGUGGCCACGCCCGUGGCCCUGCCCACCCACCACAGCUUGGCCACCUGCACCUUCAACACCCUCGCCCCCGUCAACUACAAGGAGAUGCCCUCGGUGGCCCAGGCCAAGCUGGUCACCGUCAAGUCCUCGCGGGCUCAGAGCAAAAGGAAGGCUCCCACGCUCACCUUGCUGAAAGGCUUCAAGAUAUUUUAGGACACGUCCCUGUGGGCUGCAGAGAGGGAGGAGAGAGACCCUCAUCCAUCCCCCCAGCUCCACAGGAGCUGGGACCUUCCAUGAUGGACUCAUGGGCACUGCAGCAGCCGCUGGCACACGGCAGCCCCGGUCUCUGUGCCAAGGCAAAGCCAGCAGUGGCAACUUGGCGAGCAGGCAAAGUGCCGGGGUCUGACAUGGGCUGUGGCAUCGCUCUGCCUGCCCCUGCCCGCUGUUUGUACCCUGUCCUGCUACUGCCACUGCAGCCAGCCCAGUUUUCUGUGAGGAUGCAGCAGCUUCCAGAGGAGCCAGAGCUGUUGGAUACCAUUGGGAGGGGAAGGGACAACUCCACGGCCACCAGCCAGCUUGGGCACCUGGCCCACAACUACC